AUGUUGCAACAUUUGAGGCCAUUAUCUCGUUCGUUGAUAUUAAAUCCUAAAAGCAAAUCAACUUUCUUUCAAAAUUCAAAUAUUUUCCUUAGACAACGCCAAGUAUCAUGGGUUCAAACAAAAACUGAGGAAGUUCAAACUGGUGAUUAUCCUGACCUACCCACUAAAUUAUAUUUACAUAGACCACCAUUGGGCUGGGAUGAUAUACAAGAAAGAAGAAAUAUUGGAGAACCGAUUUCAGAAGAAUUUGACGCAUUAAGCGUUUGGAGUUUUGAUGCUUAUAAAGGAGAUACUUUUAAAUGUUUUAGACAUUUGUGUUAUUUCGGUUUUGCUAUUGGAGUGACUACUUUUAUAAUUUAUGUAACUUUACCAGAAGAUAAAGCGGUUAAAAAAACAUAUCCUUAUAAUGGAUUAUUAGUUGAAUUAGGAGGUAAUCCAUCCAAACCAGAAGAUAAAUAUUUAGCAGUACGAUCAGGAACUUAUGGAUCGGUUAAAGAGGCGGUGAAUAUAGAUACAGGAGAAAAAGUAGCUAUAAAAAUUAUCAAGAAACGUAAAGUAAAAAAUCAAGAAUCAAUAUCAAGAUCAAAAAUAUUUGUAAAAUUUGUUGAUAUAGAAGCAGCAAUUAAAGCCAAAAAAGAUUUGAAUGGCAGAUUUUUUGGUGGUCGAUCAGUUUCUGCGAAAUAUUUUGAUGAAGCAAGAUUUGAUAAAUUAGAUCUUGCUCCCACUCCAGCAGAAUUAGAUAAUUGGUGA